CGUAAAGUCAUCAGAUUUCGCAUACAAUCAACUACGAUCUAUUCUCACCGAGAAAUCUUUGCAUUUGCACGUGGAACUUUGUUCUUUGCUCCGAUGCGUUUUACGCCGUUGACGCUUUCGCUACAAUCCGCCUAAAGCCCUCCUUUAGUGUUGGUACGUUGCUUACACGCAAGCUACUAUGAAUGAUUUUCAAUACGAACCGAUCGAUGUCAAGGGGCGUAAUUUUCGGUUACUGCGACUUUGUCAGGGCAAAGAGGGCAUCGAGUGCAAGCUCUUUCCAGCCCAGCUUCACGAUGAAGCCCCGCUCCACGAUGACGCCCCGCUCCACGAUGACGCCCCAACCUACGAGGCUUUGUCAUAUACAUGGGGCCCCAAUGAAAUGUCUGAAUCCAUAAAAGUAAAUGGGAAAGAGUUUGGUGUUACCGAAAACCUCUACCUUGCACUUCAGUACCUCCGUUCUGAAAAAUCAGACAGAACACUUUGGAUUGAUGCUAUUUGCAUUGACCAAAGCGACGAGAAAGAGCGAGGCCACCAAGUCCGACAGAUGGGGGGCAUCUACAAACAGGCUAAUAGAGUCAUCUUCUGGCUAGGCCCAGCGACGUACGAGACAAAUGUGGUUAUGGAUUCUCUGAAGUCUCUGCAGAACAAGGAUAACAAAGAGACGUCUAAAGACUGGAAAAUUGCGGACAAGCGUUGGAUGGACCCUUGGCUAGCAGUGCAGUCUGACCUAAGAAGGCAACAUCCAGGUCUGGAAACUCUGCAACGUGUGGGUAUGAAGUUCCUUUUCGAGAGACCUUGGUUCAAGAGGGUUUGGAUUUUGCAAGAAGUCGCCAAUGCCCGAGCUGCCUUAGUCUGUUGCGGCACCAAGUCUGUCUCAGCACGCAUCUUCGCCCUUGCGCCGUCGCUCAUAGAGGUGCAACCAGAGCCUCAUUGCCAAGCUGUCUUGAACAUGAUGCCAGGACUAAAUCAAGACGACUCUUGGUGGGGCAAGGAACCAAGUCUUUAUACUCUCUUGCUGCAAUUCAACGGAAGCAAAGCGAGUGACCCACGAGAUAUGAUAUAUGCCCUACUUGGUAUAUCUAAAGACGCAAGGAAUUCCGAUAUUCUGUAUGCAGACUAUACGAAGAACAUUGAGCAAGUUAUCCAAGACACUACUUCAUUCGUAUUCGACCUAUCCUACUCUCGCUACCGUACAAUGGAAGAUUUUCUACAAAAUCUUACGGAUUUAAACAAGAAGUCAAUCUACGAAGCUGCGCGUUUGAGUGAUGCGAAACGUGUGGCUGAAUUCUUGAAGAGACGAGGAAACGAGGUAAAUAUUACAGAAAGUGUACUCGAAGCCGCAACGUGGAAUAGGUCGAGCGGAAAAGAAGUAAUGGAGCUUCUUCUUCAGCAGCAAGGGGACGGGGUAAAGAUUACAGAAAGUGUACUCAAAGCCGCAGCAGAGAAUGAGUCGGGCGGAAAAGAAGUAAUGGAGCUUCUUCUUCAGCAGCGAGGGGAUAGGGUAAAGAUUACAGAAAGUGUACUCGAAGCCGCAGCGUGGCAGAGCGGAAAAGAAGUAAUGGAGCUUCUUCUUCAGCAGCGAGGGGACGGGGUAAAGAUUACAGAAAGUGUACUCAAAGUUGCAGCGCAGAAUAGGUCGAGCGGAAAAGAAGUAAUAGAGCUUCUUCUUCAGCAGCAAGGGGACGGGGUAAAGAUUACAGAAAGUGUACUUGAAGACGGAGAGCGGAUUUUGAGAAGGUAUAAUAUAUAUAUAUCUUCUUUUGCAGUCUAGAAGGUUAGACCUUUAAUCACAAUAAUAAUGACUUUCCGUUAGCUGCGCAAAGCCUUCAGCUCUAUGUAGCCCUGUUUCU